ACCUGCUGGGACCUGAACCAGAGAUGAGAUUUUUAUGACACAGUGUUGUCUGCAUCUCCAUAAGAAGUCAGAAGUGUCAGAAAACAGUCUCCAGGUCUAAGCUGCCGAGUCAAGAGUGGAUUGAUCCGACUGUAGGAAACGCCUUUGAGAAGCAGAUUCCUCACCAUUUCUGUGGAAAUUGGGUAGACGGAACCCUAUGGAUGACCUGACUGUCAUGGCUCCUGAAGACCUUGAUUCUGAGGACAAGGAGGUGUUAAGCUGGGAUAUUAACGAUAUGAAACUGCCACAGAAUGUGAAAAAGACUGACUGGUUCCAGGAAUGGCCCGACUCCUACGAGAAGCACAUCUACAGCUCAGAGGACAGGAACGCACAGCGGCACCUGAGCAGCUGGGCCAUGCGCAACACCAACAACCACAACUCCCGCAUCCUCAAAAAGUCCUGCCUGGGCGUGGUGGUGUGCAGCCGUGACUGCUCUGCCGAGGAGGGCCGCAAGAUCUACCUGCGACCUGCCAUCUGCGACAAAGCCCGGCAGAAGCAGCAGAGGAAACGCUGUCCAAACUGCGACGGGCCUCUGAAGCUCAUUCCUUGCCGAGGCCAUGGGGGCUUCCCGGUCACCAACUUCUGGAGGCACGACGGACGCUUCAUAUUCUUCCAGUCAAAGGGAGAGCACGAUCAUCCAAAACCAGAAACCAAAUUGGAAGCCGAGGCAAGAAGAACAAUGAAAAAAGCACACGCGGCGGCAUCUGCCUCUGUCCCCUCAAAGCUGAAGGAGAGCCCAGAGACAAAGUCUCUUCCAGGUGAAACCCAAAGUUGGGGAAGUUUUCCUUUAACUUGGUCUUUCCAGGAGGGCGUCCAGUUGCCCGGUAGUUACAAUGGACGUUUAAUAGCUAACACUCCCCAGCAGAAGUCUCUGAAUGAUUGCUUGUUCUUCUCCAAGAGCUGUUGCUUGGGGGGAACCACUGACCUGGCAGACCCCACUUCCACCUUGGGCCCCACUAAGCUCUAUGACAAAUGCAAACUGUCCAGUAGUUGGAUCUGUAAUGGUGGGGACCUGCUUCAUCCUGUUUCCGGAGUCUUCUCUGACUACGGUGAUCGGCAAACAUGGAAUAUAAAUACUGCCUUGGGGAGACAGUCUCUUAAUGACAACUGUUGUCCCAGUUAUGCUUUCCCUCUGACCAGCUGGCCUUAUGACUUCUCCCCUUCCCAAAGCUCUGCAGAACCCUUUCCCCAGCAGAUUCCAGUGGAACCGCCUGUGGCCGAAAGUGGCUGUCGCCCAUUAUGGCCUAAUCCAGGGGGUGAGCUUUAUGAAGAGAGGCUGCAUGUGGAUUUUAACAGCUGCUGCCCUUCCUCCACAUGCCACUCACCUCAGGAAGACCCCUUUCUCCUUACCUACGCCUCCCAUCCCCACCAUCAAUACUCAUUGACAGGCAAGAGCAGCAAAUGGGAUUUUGAUGAAGACAUGAGGGGCGUGGGUUUGGAUCAUUACAGCAAUGAGAUGCUUCUCAACCUCUGUCCUUUAAGAUGAUCCAAACUGAAAACCUUGUACCCUAUUAGCAGGACUACAAUUUAGUGCAGACUCUCUGGAAAACAGUAUGGAAGGUUCCUUAGAAAACUCAAAAGUAGAACUACCUGCACUCCCGUGGUCAUUGCAGCAGCAUUCACAAUAGCCAAAGUAUGGAAACAGCCUAAGUGUCCAUCAGCAGAGGAAUGGAUAAAGAAAAUAUGGU